AUGAAUCUUAUUAUUUCGGCACCACACGGUGGUAAUGUGAAUCCAACUGAUGUGCCAGAUCGAUCAUCCGGUGGUUGUGGUCGCAAAUUAAACUCAACUGCUUUUUACUGUACAUGGAAUUACAAUGAUACGUGUGUCGAGAAUGCUAACCCUUGCGAUUUAGGAGCCAUCAGAGAUGUGCUUACUGAUGAGUUUGCCCAAAAUAUAGCAAAUGAAUUAAAUAAAACAUGGGGCUACAAACCUUUCGUAGUACUUGGCGUAUGGUCACGUGGAAAAGUUGAAUUUAAUCGACCAAUUAUCGAAGGAACAUUGCAACAGCCUGAAUCAGUUGCUAGUUUUCAAGGUUAUCAUUCAUUUAUCAGUCAGACCGUUGACCAAAUCAAACAAAAGUUUGGCACAGGUCUCGUAAUUGAUCUUCAUGGAAAUGCAUUCAAUUAUACUAUGGCUGGCUAUCUCUUGAAGUCUAAACAUCUUAGUGUAGAUAAUCUAAAUACACUUACAGUAAAUUCAUCGAUCGAACCACUUUGUGGAUCCGAUCGCAAUGAAUGCAUUCGUGGUCUAUCUUCAUUUGGCACAAAACUCGAGCAAAAGGGACUCGGUGUUGUUUAUCCAUCGUUUUCAAAUCCUAAACCAGGAAACCUUACCUAUUUCGAAGGUGGCUACAUUACAAGCAACUAUAUUUCAAAAAUCAAUGCCAUUCAAAUUGAAUUACCCGCUGCUAUCAGUUCAACAAAAAACCGAACUGACAAUGCAAAAAAAUAUGCUCAAGUUAUUGUUGAAUAUAUGCGCGAAAGAAAUAUAUUACGAUUAAAUACAGCUGCCACAUAA